AUCAAUCUUUCUCUUUCAGUCAUUGCAUUCUUUACUUGCAAUCUCUUCUAAACUUUAUUAGUAAUUCACACGUGCCUCUCCCCCCCUUUCAUCUUCCUCGCCGGAAUUCCCUCACUCUCUCUCACACACAACACCUUCACUGGGUGCAUCCCCAUUUCCCCAAAAAAUAUAAACAAAUAAAUAAAUUAAUCAUUUUUAUACACCCAAAUCUAAAUCCAACACAUACCCACAUCAAGAUUUUCAAAAUUUUUUAUACCCAUAUCAAAACCUUGGAAUUUUGAUCUUGAUUUCAUAGAUGGGUGGUGUAACAUCAUCCAUGGCGGCCAAGUUUGCCUUUUUUCCGCCGUCUCCGCCGUCAUACAGGGUGGUUGUAGAUGAAUCUAAUGGAAAUAAGCUCAAGAUGACAGAUGUAGCAGAGAGAGGAAACGUCGACGUUUUGAAGCUUAAAACAAAGAAAGGAAGUGAGAUUAUUGGAGUGUAUGUAAAGAAUCCAGGUGCAAGUUUAACUGUGUUGUAUUCACAUGGGAAUGCUGCUGAUGUUGGUCAGAUGUAUGAGCUGUUUUGUGAACUUAGCCUUCAUCUCAGAGUCAACUUAUUGGGAUAUGACUACACUGGGUAUGGACGAUCCUCUGGCAAGCCAACUGAGCAUAACACUUAUGCUGACAUAGAAGCUGCGUAUAGAUGUCUGGUAGAGACAUAUGGCGUGAAAGAAGAGGAUGUUAUAUUAUACGGGCAAUCUGUUGGUAGUGGACCAACUCUAGAUUUAGCAUCACGUUUGUCAAGAUUAAGGGCCGUUGUGCUUCAUAGCCCAAUCUUGUCUGGACUUAGAGUCAUGUAUCCUGUGAAACGAACAUAUUGGUUUGAUAUAUACAAGAAUAUUGACAAGAUACCAUUAGUCCGAUGUCCGGUUUUGGUUAUUCAUGGAACUGCGGAUGAUGUUGUAGAUUGUUCUCAUGGUAAGCAGCUUUGGGAGCUUUGCGUAGAGAAGUAUGAACCAUUAUGGGUUAAAGGUGGCAAUCAUUGUGAUUUAGAGCUCUACCCAGAGUACAUAAGACAUCUCAAGAAGUUUAUAUCAGCUGUUGAGAAGUCGGCCUGCUUGAAAAACUUCUCAGGAUCUCUUUCGGAUCAUGGCGAUAAACAUCGUAGUAGUACAGAUUGUAGAGAUAAACCAAGGCCUAGCACAGAUCAACUAGAGUACUCAAGGCCUAGCACAGACUGUAGAGAUAAGUCAAGAUCCAGUGUUGACCGGAGAGAAAAGUCAAAAAAGUAUGCAGAAAAUGCCAGGAAGUCAACCAAUGCCAUUGACCAACCUGAGAAAGCAAGAAACAGCAUUGACCGGUUUGGAGGUAUAGUACGAUCAGCGGUUUUGUGCAAUAUCGAUUGUUUUAGGCCUAAUGGAGCAACUGGGGUGGGAAGAUCAUAGUUUGUAGAUGAUUGUAUCAUGAGAAAGCAAGUGGAACGGCAUCGGAAUGAUAAAUUUCCAGCCAUACAAGAGAAAGGAUUGAAGAAAUUAUUUAGGUUCCUUGUACUAUCAGAAAUUAUUGAUUGAUGUAGGUAGAUGUUUGUAUCUUAUUAAUUUGAUCAAACAAUAUUUAUUUAUACUUCCAGCUUUUUUA